GGGCCAACGCGGCUGCCGGGUGCCGGAGGCGCCAUUGGAGCCGGCUUGGCUUGAGAGCCCUAGCUGAGGAGUUGGGUCCAAGUCCGUCGUUGGUGCCGCGUCUGCGUCUGGUCUCUGGCCACUCCGCGGGAUGGCGUGCGGGGCGACGCUGAAGCGCCCUAUGGAGUUCGAAGCGGCGCUGCUGAGCCCCGGUUCCCCGAAGCGGCGACGCUGCGCCCCUCUUCCUGGCCCCACUCCGGGCCUCCGGCCCCCGGACGCCGAGCCGCCGCCGUUUCAGAUGCAGACGCCGCCGGCGAGUCUUCAGCAGCCCGUCUCGCCCGGCAGCGAGCGUCGCCUUCCAACUCCCGAGCAAAUUUUUCAGAACAUAAAACAAGAAUAUAGUCGUUAUCAGCGAUGGAGACAUUUAGAAGUUGUCCUCAGUCAGAGCGAACCCUGUGCUCCAGAGAGCCAACCUCCCUCCUCCGUACUCACCGCACCAAGUUCUCCAGGUGCCUCCUGGAUGAAGAAGGACCAGCCCACCUUUACCCUUCGACAAGUGGGGAUAAUCUGUGAGCGCCUCUUAAAAGACUAUGAAGAUAAAGUCCGGGAGGAGUACGAGCAGAUCCUCAGUACCAAACUGGCAGAACAGUAUGAAUCUUUUGUGAAAUUCACACAUGAUCAGAUUAUGCGGCGAUAUGGGACAAGGCCAACAAGCUAUGUAUCCUGAAGCCUUCUUGCCUAUCUGGGUACCAGGUGUGACCUCAAGAGAUGGCUGCUGUAUACUUUUUGCAACUGGUUUGAUAUCACAUUUCAGCUCCAACUUCCGCAUCCUGAGAACACUUAAAUUGUUUCUGCAGGUCCAUUUCUACAACUUGAAAGACCUUAAAACUUUCUGGUUGCCACAAGCAUAUCUUUCUUUUCUGCUCAUCCACUAAACAGCUGUGCUCUACUGUGAUAGGUUUUCCAAACGAAAGUACCUGGAGCAGCAGUUUAGCAAAGAAUGCCUUCAGUGGCACUCAACACAUGGAUUUUCCCCAAGCACAGCUCUGUGAGACAUGUGUGAGUGUGGGGGUGUGUGCGUGCGCGCGUGCAUGUGUGUGUUUUAAGUUAUUAUUUGUAUUGUGUAAAACUUUUUUGAUCUUGGGGAUUCUGGCUGUGAAUUUGAUGCACGACAGUUAUGGUUAAAAAACAUUUUCUUGGUCUGGAGAAGAUCAUUAAUGUUUGCUGACCAUAGAAGUUGUAAUGGUGGGUUGUUUAU